CCGCUAGCGCAGCCCCGUCCGCGCAGGACGAUUUAUGACGCUCCCGAGCGGUGUGGCGGGGAAGUGGAGUGUGAAAAGCCCCGGAGGAGGCGAAGCUGUGGUUGGCGGAGGCUUCCUUUUAAGGGCUUGCGGCACAAUCAGCAAACUGGAAAGCAAUUACAGGCUUGCAAACGGGAUGAGACGCGUUCAAAAGGCGAGAGGCAAUAAUUCUCCAGGAGAGCUCGGGCGGCGGGAAGCAACAAAGUUUGAGAAGCGAGGGGAAGGGUAUCCUUUGAUUUUUUUUCCCUCUAAAAAAAGGAAAGAAUAAAAGCUUCCUUGUUCUCACACUUUCUUGACUGACAUCGUCGACCUCAUGAACUGAAGUCCAAACAUUCAACCCUCUAAGGAAAGGAUUAAGUCGAGAGUUCACCCGCCCGCGGUAACACUCCACUUAGGGAAGCAGCCUUGUGAACGCUCUUACGCAGGAGUAAGCCCAUCUUUACCUUACGUCCCAUUCAUUUCAAUAGGACUACUUGAAGUAGGAGAGACAUUGGCCUCCCCCCAUUCUGGGACCGUUCACCUGGAGGCAAGCCCGCCACGCGGUGGGCGCUCUCGAAGAUUUUGGGAAAUCGCCUCCAUGGAGAGCCAUUUGCUGCUGUUCCUGCUGCUUGUGCAGCAUUUUGGAAACUGUGAAGGAAAUCCAAGACAGUAUCGCACGGUGCCAAUGCAGUUCACUCAAGUUCAUUACAAUGCCACAGUGUAUGAAAACUCUGCAGUUAAGACUUACGUUGGGCAUCCUGUAAAAAUGGGCAUUUAUAUUGGAAACUCCCUCUGGGAUAUAAAGUACAAAAUAAUUUCUGGGGACAGUGAGAACAUGUUCAAAGCUGAAGAGUAUAUUUUGGGUGAUUUUUGUUUCUUACGAAUACGAACCAAGGGAGGGAACACAGCUAUACUUAACAGAGAAGUAAAAGACAAUUACUUACUAACUGUCAAAGCAAUAGAGAAGAACACUAAUGCGGAAGCUCGCACAAAAGUCAGAGUGCAAGUACUGGAUACAAAUGACUUAAGGCCUUUGUUCUCUCCGACAUCCUACAGUGUUUCAUUGCCUGAGAACACAGCAAUAAGGACCAGCAUUGCAAGAGUCAGUGCGACGGAUGCAGAUAUAGGAACAAAUGGGGAGUUUUAUUACAGCUUUAAAGAGAGGACGGAUAUGUUUGCUAUACAUCCAACAAGCGGUGUGGUUGUUCUGACAGGCAGACUUGACUAUUCGGAAAUCAAAGUUUAUGAGAUGGAGAUCCUGGCUGUGGAUCGUGGAAUGAAGUUGUAUGGCAGCAGCGGGAUCAGCAGCAUGGCGAGACUGACUGUCCAUAUAGAGCAGGCUAACGAACACGCUCCGGUUAUCACAGCCCUUGCUUUGGCUCCUUCAGAGGAGGACGAGGAUCCAGAAUACGCAGUUGUGACUGUUGAGGACAGGGACCAUGGUGCCAAUGGAGAGGUGGCAUCCCUAAGCAUUGUGGCAGGCGAUCCACUUCAGCAGUUCAAAGCUGUGAGGACUUUUCCAGGAGGGAAAGAAUAUAAAAUCAAAGCUGUUGGCAGUAUUGAUUGGGAGAGCCGGCCAUCUGGCUAUAAUCUUACUGUGCAGGCUAAAGAUAAAGGAAAUCCUCCAAAGUUUUCUUCUCCAAAAGUAAUUCAUGUGGCAUCUCCCCAGUUUAGGUCUGGUCCAGUCAGAUUCGAAAGAGAUAUUUACAGAGUAGAAAUAAGUGAAUUUGCUCCCCCAAACACUCCUGUGGUUAUGGUAAAAGCUUUGCAUCCUAAUUCCCAUUUCAAAUAUAUUUUUAAAAAUGCACCAGAUGAAAUCAGAUUCAACUUGAACCCUCACACUGGCCUCAUUACUACGCUAGAUCCCAUAAAAGCACACCAUGCAUCUCAGUUUGAAUUUGACAUCAUGACAAGUGACAGAAAAGCAUCUACGAAAGUAUUGGUUAAAGUCCUCGAUGAGAAUACACAUUCCCCUGAAUUCACUCAGACAUCUUACAAAGCUUCAUUUGAUGAGAAUGUUCCUGUAGGUACGAGUGUCAUGAGCGUGAGUGCAAAAGAUCUGGAUGAAGGUGAAAGUGGCUACAUAACAUACAGUAUUGCAAACAUAAACUCUGUUCCUUUUGUGAUAAACCAUUUCACUGGUGUUAUCAGUACUGCUGAAAACAUGGAUUAUGAAUUGAUGCCCAGGAUAUAUAAAUUAAGAAUUCGAGCAUCAGACUGGGGCACGCCAUAUCGCCGAGAAGUUGAAGUCCCUGUUACUAUAGUUUUAAAUAAUUUGAAUGAUAACACUCCAUUAUUUGAGAAAAUAAAUUGUGUGGGAACAAUUCCAAGGGAACUUAGUGUUGGAGAACAAAUAACAACUGUGUCUGCUAUUGAUGCUGAUGAGCUCCAGUUGGUGCAGUACCAAAUUGUAUCGGGAAAUGAAUUAGAUUUGUUUAGUUUAAAUCCAAAUUCUGGAGUGCUUUCCCUGAAACAGUCAUUAGGAGAUGGCUUAGGUGUAAAAGCAUCUUUUCAUAGCUUGAGAAUAACAGCUACAGAUGGCGAGAACUUUGCAAUACCCUUGUAUAUUAACAUUACCGUAGUUGCCAGCCACAAACCAGUAAAUUUACAGUGUGAAGAGACUGGUGUAGCCAAAAUGCUGGCAGAGAAGCUCCUGCAGGCAAAUAAACUGCAUGGUCGUGGUGAAGUUGAAGACACUGUUUUUGACACUCACUCUGUGAAUCUGCAUGCCCCCCAGUUUGGAAAUAGUCUUCCGAGUAGCACUGAAGUAAAAGAAGAUCAGCUUGUAGGUGCCAGCCUCCUUCUUGUGAAUGCUACUGACCUUGACACUGGGUUCAAUGGAAAGCUAGUCUAUGCUAUCUCUGGAGGUAAUGAUGAUAGCAGUUUUCUCAUUGGUAUGGAAACAGGAAUUGUAAAAAUCUUAUCUCCCCUUGACCGAGAAAGAAAAGAUAAAUAUACAUUGAAUAUUACAGUUUAUGACCUGGGAAUACCACAGAAGUCUGCCUGGUGUCUUUUAGAUGUCAGAGUUCUAGAUGCCAAUGACAAUUCUCCAGAGUUUUUACAGGAUAGCUAUUUUGUUGAUGUGAAUGAAAACAAGGAGCUAAACACAGAAAUAAUUCAAGUAGGUGCUACGGACAAAGAUUUAGGGACUAAUGGGGAAGUGCGGUAUUCAUUUCUUACAGAUACAGAUAAAUUUUCUAUUGAUAGUGUGACGGGUAUUGUGAAGGUUGUAGGACCUUUGGAUCGUGAAGAGCAACCUGUGCAUUUCCUGAAAAUAAUGGCUAGGGACCAAGCUAAAGAAGAAUCACAACUAUCCUCAACUGUACUACUGAAAGUAUCCUUGGAAGAUGUCAAUGAUAAUCCUCCUAAAUUUAUACCAUCAAAUUACCGUGUGAAAAUUCGGGAAGACCUUCCAGAAGGAACCAUUAUCACAUGGCUUGAAGCACAUGAUCCUGACUUGGGCCAGUCAAGCCAAGUGCGAUACAGCCUUUUAGAUGGCGGGGAUGGAAGCUUUGAUGUCGAUAAGCUCAGUGGAGCAAUUCGUCUUGUACGAGGACUGGAUUUUGAGAAGAAGCAAGUUUACAACCUAACAGUGCGGGCCAAAGAUAAAGGAAAACCCAUUUCAUUGUCAUCUACCUGUUAUGUUGAGAUUGAAGUAGUUGAUGUAAAUGAAAAUCUGUUCGCUCCCCAUUUUCCUAACUUUGUGGAUAAAGGUUUUGUAAAUGAAGAUGUUCCUAUUGGUACUCUAGUAAUGUCUGUGUCUGCUUCUGAUGCGGAUGCAGGAAGAGAUGGCAAGAUCAAAUACUCAAUAAGGGAUGGAUCUGGUGUCGGAAUUUUCCGAAUAGAUGAAGAUAAAGGUAGUAUCUCAACCGUUGAUUUGCUUGAUCGAGAGACUACUUCACAUUACUGGGUAACUGUGUAUGCAACAGAUCAGGGUGUUGUUCCUCUAUCUUCCUUCGUUGAAAUCUACAUAGAAGUACUUGAUGUUAAUGACAAUGCUCCACAGACUACUCAGCCUGUUUAUUACCCAGAAGUCAUGGAAAAUUCACCUAAGGAUGUGUCAGUCAUUCAAAUCGAGGCCUUUGAUGCUGACUCAAGCUCUAAUGACAAGCUGACCUACAAGAUUACAAGUGGAAAUCCACAGGGGUUCUUCUUCAUGAAUCCGAAAACUGGUUUAAUUACAACAACAUCUCGAAAACUUGACCGGGAACAGCAAGCCGAACACAUUUUAGAGGUAACAGUUACAGACAAUGGAAUCCCAGCAAAAUCAACUCUUGCCCGGGUGAUUGUGAAGAUCUUAGAUGAAAAUGAUAAUAGACCUCAGUUCUUACAAAAGUUCUAUCAGAUCAAGUUGCCUGAACGUGAGAAACCAGAAAGAGAGAGGACUGCCAGACGGGAACCAAUCUACCGUGUAGUAGCCGCAGAUAAAGAUGAGGGACCCAAUGCUGAAAUAUCCUACAGCAUUGAGGAUGGUGAUGAGCAUGGAAAAUUUUUUAUUGACCCAAUCACUGGAGUGGUGUCCUCUAAAAAGUAUUCUGGAGCUGGAGAAUAUGACAUUCUUACAAUUAAAGCUGUGGACAAUGGACGGCCACAGAAGUCAUCAACAGCUCGUCUUCAUAUAGAAUGGAUCCCAAAACCUAUUCCAGUCUCUGAACCAAUUGCUUUUGAAGAAUCUUUUUUCUCUUUCACUGUCAUGGAAAGUGAUCCAGUAGCUCACAUGAUUGGGGUAAUAGCUGUUGAGCCACUUAGCACACCACUCUGGUUUGAUAUUACAGGUGGCAACUAUGACAGCCGCUUUGAUGUGGACAAGGGCACUGGAACCAUUGUUGUCGCUAAACCUCUUGAUGCAGAACAGAAAUCAAAUUACAAUCUGACAGUGGAAGCAACAGAUGGAACUAGGACUAUUGGCACCCAGGUAUAUAUUAAAGUAAUAGACACAAAUGAUCACAGGCCUGAGUUUUCUUCAUCAGAAUACCAAGUCAUUAUACCUGAGGACACAGUACCCGAGACUGAAAUUUUGAAAAUUAGUGCCUCAGACAGAGAUGAAAAGAAUAAGCUAAUUUAUACUAUGCAAAGUAGCAUGGAUCCCAUCAGCCUUAAGAAGUUUCGUCUGGAUCCUGCAACUGGCUCUCUCUAUACUUCUGAAAGAUUGGACCACGAAGCAAUUCAUCGGCAUGUUCUCACAGUGAUGGUACGGGAUCAAGAUGUUCCUGUCAAACGCAACUUUGCAAGAAUCAUCGUUAAUGUUAGUGACACAAAUGAUCAUGCACCAUGGUUCACCAGUUCUUCCUAUGAAGGGCGAGUUUAUGAAUCAGCAGCUGUUGGGUCAGUUGUUCUCCAAGUUACAGCACUAGACAAGGAUAAAGGGGAAAAUGCAGAAAUUGUGUAUUCCAUCGAAUCAGGAAAUAUUGGAAAUGCUUUUAAUAUCCACCCUAUCUUAGGCAGUAUUACCAUCGCGAAAGAAUUAGACCGCAACAGUCAGGAUGAAUACACUUUGAUGGUGAAGGCAAGAGAUAAAGGGAGCCCUCUCAUGAGUGAAGUAACAUCUGUGCACAUUUCAGUCACAAUUUCUGAUAAUGCAGCACCAAAAUUCACAAUGAAAGAGUACUCUACAGAAAUCAGUGAAGGCAGCCGCAUCGGCAGUUUCAUUGGAAUGGUUAUUGCAUACAGUCAGUCAUCUGUAGUUUACGAGAUAAAAGAUGGUAAUAUAGGUGAUGCCUUUGCUAUUAACCCAAAUUCCGGCGUCAUUACCUCUCAGAAGACACUUGAUUUUGAAACAUUGCCUUUUUAUAGUCUGACCAUUCAGAGUACAAACAUGGCUGGCCAAUCAGCUAACACUACAGUACUGGUGCAUCUUCAAGAUGAAAAUGAUAAUGCCCCAACUUUUGUGCAGGCAGAAUACACGGGACGCGUAAGUGAAUCAGCCUCAAUUAACAGCGUGGUCCUAACGGACAAAAAUGUCCCAUUAGUGAUACAAGCCAUAGAUGCGGACAAAGAAUCCAAUGCUUUGCUUGUCUAUCAGAUUGUGGAGCCAUCUGUCCACAAGUAUUUUGCCAUUGAUUCCAGUACAGGAGCCAUCCGUACAGUAAUGAGCUUGGACUACGAAGAAACAAAUACAUUUCACUUUUCUGUGCAAGUGUAUGACAUGGGAACGCCACACUUAUUUGCAGAAUAUGCUGCCAACGUUACCAUUUAUGUAAUUGACAUCAAUGAUUGCCCUCCUGUGUUCUCUAAAGAUUUAUAUGAAACAUCUGUUCUCGUGCCAACCUAUAAAGGAGUGAAAGUUGUCACAGUGCAUGCGAAAGAUGCUGACUCAGAAGCCUUUUCACAAAUAAUGUAUUCUAUCAUUGAAGGCAACAUUGGAGAGAAAUUUUCAAUCAAUUCUAAGACUGGACAGAUAACUGUACAAAAUACAACUCAGUUAAGAAGCAGAUAUGAAUUGACAGUCCGCGCAUCUGACGGCAGAUUUUUGAGCACCUCGUCUGUAAAAAUUAAUGUGAAAGAAAGCAAAGCUAGUCAGAUAAAGUUCACACGCAGCUCCUACAGUGCUGUAGUCCAAGAGAAUUCCACAGAGGCAAAAACUAUAGCUGUUAUCACUCCUAUAGGGAGUCAAAUAAAUGAGCCUUUGUUUUAUCAUAUUCUAAACCCAGACAAUAGAUUUAAAAUUAGCUACACUUCAGGAGUCCUUUCAACCACUGGAAUACCAUUUGAUCGGGAGCUGCAGGAGUCCUUUGACAUUGUUGUGGAAGUGACAUUGGAGCAUAAGCCAUCGAUAAUUGCACAUGUUGUGGUAAAGGUCACUGUAGAAGAUGUAAAUGACAAUGCCCCUGUUUUUGUCAGUCUUCCGUAUUACGCAACCGUUAAAAUAGAUACUGAAGUGGGCCAAGUUAUUCGGCGUGUUACUGCUGUUGAUAAAGAUAUUGGUAGAAAUGGAAGAGUGCAUUAUUAUCUCAAAGAACAUUAUGAUCACUUCCAAAUAGAAAACACGGGUGAAAUCUCGCUCAAGAAACCUUUUGACCCAGAUACACUGAAUAAAGAAUAUCUUCUAUUGGUGGUAGCAAAGGAUGGAGGAGAGCCAAGUCUUUCUGCUGAAGUGACAGUCCCAAUCACCGUAGUGAAUAAAGCCAUGCCAGUAUUUGAAAAAGCUUUCUACAGUGCAGAGAUACCGGAAAAUAUACAGAUUCAUAGUCCUGUUGUGCAUGUGCAAGCAAAUAGCCCAGAAGGACUCAAAGUGUUUUAUAGCAUCACAGAUGGUGACCCUUACAAUCAGUUUACGAUCAACUUUAAUACAGGAGUUAUCAAUACUUUUGCUCCUCUUGAUUUUGAGUCACACCCUGCCUACAAGCUGAGCGUGCGUGCCACUGAUUCUUUGACUGGGGCCCAUGCUGAGGUAUUUGUUGACAUAAUAGUUGAAGACAUCAAUGAUAAUCCGCCUCUCUUCAUCGAGCAAUUUUAUGCUGCCGCCCUUUCUGAAGCAUCUAUAAUUGGAACAUCUGUUGUACAUGUCAGGGCUACAGAUGCUGAUUCUGGAACAAACAGAGGGAUUUCUUAUCACUUGGUAGAAAACAACAGCAAGAGUCAUGAUUAUUUUCACAUAGAUAGUAGCACUGGGCUCAUUCUGACAGCAAGGACUUUGGAUUAUGAACAGAUUCAGCAACACACAUUGCUAGUAAGAGCAAUAGACAAUGGCAUGCCUCCACUGAGCAGUGAUGUUAUUGUAACAGUUGAUAUAACAGACCUAAAUGAUAACCCACCAGUAUUUAACCAGCUGCUUUAUGAAGCUAACAUCAGUGAACUGGCUCCCCGUGGACACUUCGUAACUUGUGUAAAGGCCUCAGAUGCAGACAGUUCAGAUGCAGAUAAACUGGAAUAUUCCAUAUUAUCAGGCAACGAUCAUAUGAAUUUUGUAAUCAACCGCAAAACUGGGGUCAUUGCCCUUUCAAACCUGCAUAAACAGACUCUGAAACCUCUUUACCAUCUUAAUAUAUCUGUUUCUGAUGGGGUCUUCAGAAGUUCAGCUCAGGUUCUUAUAAAUGUAAUUGGAGCUAAUUUACAUAGCCCCAUUUUUGGUCAAAAUGAAUAUGAGGUAGAACUAGCUGAGAAUGCUCCAUUGCAUACACUGGUGACUGAAGUUACUGCAACUGACAAAGAUAUCGGCAGGUAUGGAACGAUCACAUACCAUAUUGUGAAUGAUUUUGCAAAAGAUAGGUUUUAUACUAAUGAGAGGGGGCAAAUAUUUACGUUGGAAAAGCUUGACCGUGAAACUCAAACUGAAAAAGUAAUCUUCAUUAGGUUAAUGGCCACGGAUUCUGGAGGGAAAGUAGCUUUCUGCAGCAUCAAUGUCAUACUUACUGAUGUUAAUGAUAAUGCCCCUUUGUUUCGCGCAUCCGAGUAUGAAGUAAAUAUUGGAUCAGAUGUUCCAAGAGGUACAACUGUCGUUAAGGUUUUAGCUUCCGAUGCUGAUGAGGGCACCAAUGCAGAUAUCAUGUAUGCAAUUGAAGCAGAUUCUGAAAAUGUUCAAGAGAAUUUAGAAAUCAAUCCCUUAACUGGUGUAAUAACCACAAAAGAAAGCUUAAUCGGUUUAGAAAAUGAGUUUCUCACUUUCUUUGUUAGAGCACUGGAUGGUGGAGCCCCACAAAAGGAAUCUAGUGUUCCUCUGUAUGUUAGAAUACUCUCCCCUGAAGUCCAUCUUCCAAAAUUUUCAGAACCAUUUUAUUCUUACACUCUUUCUGAAAAUACUCCUAUCGGAACUGAUAUUGAUACUAUACGUGCAGAGCACAGUCAUACUUUGCUGUAUACUCUUGUUAAAGGAAAUACUCCUGAAAGCAACAGAGAUGAAUAUUUUGUGAUAGACAAGCAUAGUGGAAGACUGAAACUGGAGAAAAGCUUAGACCAUGAGACAACAAAGUGGUACCAGUUUUCAGUGCUAGCAUAUUAUAUGAACGAAGAUUACAAAGUGAUUUCUUCAGUAGACAUAAGCAUUCAGAUAAAAGAUGCAAAUGACAACCAACCAAUCCUGGAGUCCAAUCCAUAUGAAGCAUACAUUGUAGAAAACAUGCCAGCAGGAACAAAAGUCAUACAAGUGAAAGCUUUUGACCAAGAUUCUGGAAGCAACGCCCAGGUUACUUAUAGGUUAGAGCCAACACAAGAUGCUGAUAUCAUGGAGUCCUUUUCCAUAAACCUGGAAACAGGCUGGAUCACCACUCUGAAAGAGCUUGACCAUGAAAGGCAGGACAAAUACAGAAUUACUGUGGCGGCAUCUGACCGUGCUGAAAAAAUGCCAUUGUCUUCUACAGCGGUUGUGGAAGUAUUUGUAACUGAUGUGAAUGACAACCCUCCACGCUUCACUGCAGAGAUUUACAAAGGGACAGUCAGUGAAGAUGACCCAACAGGAGGAGUAGUUGCUAUUUUGAGUACCACUGAUGCUGAUUCAGAACAUGCUAACAGACAAGUCAGCUAUUUUAUUACAGGAGGUGAUCCACUGGGACAGUUUGCUGUGGAAAAUAUACAGAAUGAAUGGAAAGUAUACGUCAGAAAGCCUCUGGACAGAGAAGUAAAAGAUCAUUAUCUUCUAAAUAUCACAGCUACUGAUGGGAUGUUUGCAACAAAAGCUGUUGUGGAAGUUAAAGUUCUUGAUUCAAAUGACAAUAGUCCUGUUUGUGAAAAGACAUUAUACAAUGAAGCUGUUUCAGAAGAUUCACCACCGGGCAAACUCAUCAUGCAGGUCUCAGCCACAGAUGCAGAUAUUCGUUCCAAUGCAGAAAUAACUUAUACACUGCAUGGUUCUGGAGCAGAAGACUUCAUGCUUGGACCCGAGACAGGUGAACUGAAAACCUUAGCAACGCUUGACCGUGAGCAGAAAUCUGCAUAUACUCUUAUGGUCAGGGCUUCAGAUGGAGGAGGAAGAUUUUGUCAAGCCAGUAUUAUUCUGAAUAUAGAGGAUGUGAACGAUAACACCCCGGAGUUCACAACCGAUCCAUAUUCUGUCACAGUAUUUGAAAACACUGAGCCAAAAACUCUGCUGACAAGAGUUCAAGCUACUGAUGCAGAUGCAGGUUUAAAUCAGAAGAUUCACUAUUCCCUGGUAGAUUCUACAGAUGGACAUUUUUCUAUUGAUGAAUUCUCUGGGAUUGUUCGAUUGGAAAAGCCUUUAGAUCGGGAGUUACAGGCUGUGUAUACGCUGACUUUGAAAGCUGAAGAUGAAGGUUCCCCUAGAAGGCUGUCUUCUCUUGGCACUCUUGUGGUUUCUGUUCUGGAUAUAAAUGACAAUCCACCUGUCUUUGAGUACAGAGAGUAUAGUGCAACUGUAUCAGAAGACGCCAUGAUUGGAAUGGAGAUUCUUCAAGUCUAUGCUGCUAGCCGAGACAUUGAAGCCAAUGCAGAAAUUACUUAUUCCAUAGUCAGUGGGAAUGAGCAUGGGAAAUUUAGUAUUGAUUCAAAAACAGGUGCCAUCUUUAUUAUUGGGAGCCUUGAUUACGAGAGCUCCCCUGAGUACUAUCUGACCAUGGAAGCCACAGAUGGAGGGACACCAUCCCUGAGUGAUGUGGUAACGGUGACCAUCAAUGUUACAGAUAUCAAUGACAAUACGCCAGUGUUCAGUCAGGACACAUACACGGCAGUCAUCAGUGAAGAUGCCGAAGUGGAACAGUCUGUUAUCUCAGUUAUGGCAGCUGAUGCUGAUGGACCCUUGAACAACCACAUCCGGUACUCAAUUAUAGAUGGCAACCAAGGGAACCCUUUCACAAUUGACCCCACCUUGGGCGAAGUCAAAGUGGCUAAACCUCUUGACAGAGAGAUGAUCUCAGGUUACACUCUGACAGUUCAAGCAUCAGACAAUGGAAACCCACCUAGAAUCAACACAACUAUGGUCAAUAUUGAUGUAUCUGAUGUAAAUGACAACCCACCCAUAUUUGCAAAAGGGAAUUACAGUAUUAUUAUCCAGGAAAAUAAGCCUGUUGGGUUUAACAUCCAGCAGCUGGUGGUGACAGACAACGAUUCUUCCCACAACGGGCCACCUUUCCUUUUCACCCUUGUGAGUGGAAAUGAAGAUAAUGCUUUUGAGAUUAACCAACAAGGCGUACUUUCCACUGCCAUUCAGCUAAAACGCAAAGUGAAGGAUCAUUAUUUUCUUCACAUUAAGGUGGCUGAUAAUGGAAGACCUCAGUUGUCAUCUUUGACUUACGUUGACAUCAGAGUCAUUGAGGAAAGUAUCCAUCCUCCAGCGAUUCUGCCAUUAGAAAUCUUCAUCACAACAUUUGGGGAAGAGUAUGCUGGUGGUGUUAUUGGAAAAGUGCACGCAACUGACCAAGACGUUUAUGACACGUUAACGUAUAGUCUGGAUCCCAGUGUGGAAACCCUGUUCUCUGUCUCUGGUGCAGGAGGCAAGCUAAUUGCUCAUAAAAGGCUCGAUGUGGGGCAGUACAAUCUGAAUGUUAGUGUGACAGAUGGAAAAUUUACAACUGCAGCUGUCAUUACAGUCCACAUCAGACAAAUCACACCAGAGUUGCUGAAUCACAGCAUAACCAUCCGUUUUGCUAACCUUGCUCCAGAGGAAUUCAUUGGAGACUACUGGCGCAAUUUUCAGAGAGCGUUAAGAACUUUCUUGGGAGUAAGAAGAAGCGACAUACAGAUUAUUAGCCUGCAACCCUCUGAUCCCCCAUCAAACCUUGAGGUGCUGCUGUUUGUUGAAAAGUCGGGUAAUUCUCAGCAUUCAACCAGAGCCCUUGUCCACAAGAUAAACGCCUCUGUGGCUGACCUUGAAGAGAUCUCAGGCAUCCAGAUACUUAACGUUUUCCACAAGCUCUGUUUGGGCCUGGAUUGCCCUUGGAAAUACUGUGAAGAAAAAGUGACCCUGGAUGAAAACAUCAUGUCCACCCACAGCACUGCCCGUCUGAGUUUUGUCACACCGCAUCACCACAGAACUUCCAUUUGUCUCUGUAAAGAGGAAAGGUGUCCCCUUGUGAACACUGCCUGUGAGGGGAACCCAUGCCCCGAAGGGACUGAAUGCAUAGCAGACUCUAGAGAAGAAAAGUAUACCUGUGUUUGUCAUGGAAGCAGUACUGCACAAUGCCCUGUAUCAGCUGGACCAGCAGUGACUUUUACUGGAAGCAGCUAUGUGAAGUACCGCCUCAUGGAAAAUGAAAACAAAGAAGAAAUGAAGCUCACCCUGAGGCUCAGAACAUACUCCGCUCAUGCAGUUGUCAUGUAUGCCCGAGGAACAGAUUACAGUAUCUUAGAGAUCCACCAUGGGAGGCUCCAGUACAAAUUUGACUGUGGAAGUGGUCCUGGGAUUGUGUCAGUGCAGAGCAUUCAGAUCAAUGAUGGCCAGUGGCAUUCGGUGUCUCUUGAAGUUGACGGAAACUAUGCCAAGCUAAUUCUGGACAGGGUGCACACUGCGUCUGGUAUUGCUCCCGGUACACUAAGGACACUGAACCUGGACAACCAUGUGUAUUUCGGUGGUCACAUUAGGCAGCAGGGUGCAAGACAUGGAAGGAGCCCCCAGGUCAGCAAUGGCUUCAGAGGUUGUAUGGAUUCCAUUGUGCUUAAUGGCCAAGAAUUGCCCCUAAACAGCAAACCACGGAGUUAUGCUCACAUGGAAGAAUCCGUGGAUGUUUCUCCUGGGUGCUUACUGUCUUCUACGGAGGAUUGUUCAAGUAGUCCAUGCCAGAAUGGGGGCAUUUGUAAUCCGCUACCCAGUGGAGGUUAUUAUUGUAAGUGUGCAGCUUUAUUUAUGGGCACAUAUUGUGAAUUAAGUGUCAAUCCAUGUGCUUCCAACCCUUGCCUUUAUGGUGGCACUUGCAUUCCUGUGAAUGAUGAUUUUGUCUGCCAGUGCAGAGGAUUAUACACAGGUCAAAGGUGUCAGAUUGGUCCAUAUUGCAAAGACAAUCCAUGCAAAAACAGUGGCAAGUGUAUUGAUAGCUUAGACGGACCUGUUUGUGAAUGUGAGGGUGGCUUUCAUGGAGAGAGGUGCUUGACCGAUGUUGAUGAAUGCAUGGAAAACCCAUGCCAAAAUGGUGCUCUCUGUGAAAAUACAUACGGUGCAUACCACUGCAACUGUAGCCAUGGAUUUGGAGGAAAACAUUGUGCUGAGGUUCUGAAUACAUAUGUUUCAACCUCAUGGAACAUUAGCUUAGGAGAAGUCCUUGGCAUUAUCUUUUUCCUAGUGGGAGUCUUCGUGCUGGUUGGGUUUUUUGUUUUCUGCCGCCAAGUAAUCCGACGGAAGAGGAAACGCCAGCCAGAACCGGAAGACAAACAUCUGGGAACGACAACAGCUUUCUUGCAGAGACCAUACUUUGAUUCAAAACUGAAUAAGAACAUUUAUUCUGACAUUCCACCCCAGGUGCCUGUUCGCCCCAUUUCAUAUACUCCAAGCAUUCCAAGUGACUCCAGGAACAACCUGGACCGGAAUUCUUUUGAGGGUUCUACAAUUCCAGAGCAUCCAGAGUUCACCACUUUUAAUCCAGAUUCUGUGCAUGGCCAUCGGAAAGCAGUGGCUGUCUGCAGUGUAGCCCCCAAUUUACCUCCCCCACCUCCAUCCAAUUCACCAUCAGAUAGUGACUCAAUACAGAAGCCCAGCUGGGACUUUGAUUAUGACACUAAAGUUGUAGAUCUUGAUUCCUGCCUUUCAAAGAAGCCCCUUGAAGAAAAAGUUUCUCAGCCUUACAGUGCUAGAGAGAGCGUGUCUGAGGUCCAGUCGCUGAGCUCUUUCCAGUCGGAAUCAUGCGAUGAUAAUGCUUCCCUAGUGACUGUAAUACACCUUGUCAAUGCUGUUGUUGACUCGGUGGAAAAAGAAGAGUCUUUUGCUGUUCCUGACCUGAGCAAUUCAAGAGCCUAUCACUGGGAUACCUCUGACUGGAUGCCAAAUGUCCAACUGCCUGGCAUACAGGAGUAUCCAAAUUACGAGAUGGUUGAAGAGCCAGCACCUUUGUACACAGAUCCAAAUUCCAUUGAUGCAGACUACUACCCUGGAGGUUACGACAUUGAAAGUGACUUCCCACCUCCGCCGGAUGACUUCCCAGUGCCUGACGACCUUCCACCGUUACCACCCGCCUACAGCGAUCAGUUUGACUCCAUACAGCAAUCUAGGGACAUGCCUGCUGUAGGUAGUUUGGGAUCUUCAUCGAGGAGCAGGCAGAGGUUCAAUCUCAACCAGUACCUUCCACAUCACUAUGCUUCAGACAUGUCAGAACCUCAGAACACAACCAACGACGUCUCCAGUACGUACAGAGAACCCUUUGCUCCUUACACUGUAGGGUACACUAGAGACUUUGAAGCACCCCCUGUAGACAACAUGUCCAUGUCUGUAUACGCUUCCACGGCUUCGUGCUCUGAUGUGUCGGCAUGCUGUGAAAUGGAGUCUGAGGUCAUGAUGAGUGACUAUGAGAGUGGAGAUGAUGGACACUUCGAAGAUGUGAUUAUUCCCCCGCUUGAUCCUCAGCAGCACACACAAGUCUGACACUCUUCCUCAACAAAAGUGCCUGGAUGUUAAUGAACUAAAAAAAAAAAAAAAAAAAGAUUUUACAAAAAUCCCGGAGAGCUUAUUUUUUUUCUUGGCAGCAGUGCUUGAGCGCUUUUGUUUCAGUGAGCGAAAACUGGCAUGGCUGCACUCAUCAUGCAGCUCAUUUCAACAUAUUAACCGAUUUUCCAUUUUCCUGACCUCUUGCAGUUUGGCUUGUCACAGGUCACCCAUUGGCUGUGCCAUUCCCAGAAGUGUUUUUUGUACUUCCAUUGUCUAUGUUAAAGAAAUAAAGCAAAAACGCAUACCGUUUCAUCAUUUUAGCAUGAUAAAUGUAUUUAUAUCGUUCGAAAGCAAAUUGUUUUUUCUUAUCUCUUUUUUUGUAAAUGUUAUGUACAGUUUUGAUUUCAAUAAUUUUAACUAGAUUUUUGUAGAUAAUUUCCAAAUUUGAUUUCCACUUAUUUUAGUGGUGUUUAGUGUGCCAUUAAACGAAUACCCCCUGGGUUUUAUGACAUUCAGGAAUUCAGCAUAUUUUUGUUUUGUCCUCACAAAAGUUUUAAAUGUCAUUUAAUCAUUCAUUUCAAAGUGUACAUAAUUUCCAGUUGUAAAAGAUACCAGAUUUUUUUAAAGCAAGAAACAUGGCAGUGUCUUUCAUGGGUUUCUGUACUCUAGAACAGUAUACAUUUUUCCUUUCUUGAAAAGUGUUUUGGGGGCCCGCUGCAUACCUGUUUAGAACCAAAACCAUCUUGGCACAGUUUUUAUAGUGUCUGUAUAUUUGUGAUGCAAUGGUCUUGUAAAGGUUUUUACUGAAAUCUACCAUUAGCCAGUCUUUCUUACUGACAAUAAAUUAUUAAUAAAAUACUUUAGCUUUG